UCAAUUCAAGAAAUACAUUCAUCGAACAACUGAAAAUUCAUCGACCUCUACCUUCCCUCAAAUACAAUUAAAAAAUGAUGUACCUUUGUGCAGAAGAACAUUAUGCAAGGCUUCCCACGAUUAUAAAACCUAACCAUUAUGACCUGUCUCUCACUUUUCCCAAUAUUUCAAAAUUGGAAUUUGAGGGUGUGAUGACUAUUUGGAUUGAAGUGUUCGAGAGGACGAAACAAAUUCAAUUGCAUCAAUUGGAUUUAGAAGUAGACAGCGUCAAACUCGUAAACGCAUACAAUGGUAUCAGUGUUGAACCAGAAAGUACCGACAUUUCCAAAAAAGACGGAAUAUUGAAAUUAUCAUUCAAGAAUCCAGUAACUGUGGGAGCAUAUAGGCUCAAAAUUAAAUAUGAAGGAUUGCUAAGCGAAGAACCCUCCGGUAUUUUCUACACCAAGUAUUAUAAACCAGAAGAGCAGACAGAAAAAAUCGCCGUGUUCACUCAUUUCGAACCUACUUCAGCACGACGAUGUUUUCCCUGUUGGGACGAACCUUCUUUCAAAGCUACGUUCAAAAUAAAUAUAACAUUAACGAAAGAAUACACGGCCCUUUCUAAUAUGCCCACAGAGAGGGUAGAGAAAUUGGGGAAAUUAAGGAAGUAUCAUUUCGAGAAAACUCCUCCAAUGUCCACGUAUCUUGUAGCACUGGCCAUCGGUGAAUUCAGUUACAUCGAAUCUCGAACUAACGAUGGCAUACCUGUAAGGAUAAUCACUGUUUUAAAUAAAGAAGAGCAGGGUAAAUUUGCCUUGGAUAUGUCCAUAAAGGCGCUGAAAUUCUUUACGGAGUAUUUCAAAACUCCAUAUCCUUUGCCGAAACUGGAUUUGAUAGCUGUUCCCGAUUAUAAGACGGACGCAAUGGAAAACUGGGGUCUGAUUACUUUCAGAGACAUAAAUUUACUGAUCGAUCCACUAUCAUCAACAAAUCUGACGAUGAGGUGGAUAUCCUUAAUUGUAAGCCACGAGGUGGCACAUCAAUGGCUUGGCAACCUAGUCAGUAUGGAAUGGUGGAGCCAGGUAUGGUUGCAAGAGGCUUGUGCUCAGUUUGCCGAGAACAUGUGCGUCGAUUAUUACUUCCCCAAUUUCCAAAUAUGGCAGCAUUUCGCCCUGGAAUUCCUUUAUACAGCUCUCGAGUUAGAAGAAGCCGGUAACGCCCAUCCUGUUGAGACGGUGAUCAAGAAUCCCGAAGAACUUGAAGACCUUUACGACGGGAUAAGUUAUAAUAAGGGAUCGGCUUUGAUACGGAUGCUGCACUACUACGUGGGCGACGAUAGUUUCAGAAAGGGCUUGUGGUCUUAUUUGACCAACCACAUGCAUAAAAUUGCUAGUCCAGACGAUUUUUACCGAGCUCUGGAAGAUGCUUCGAAUAAACCAGUUGGGAGUGUGAUGUCAACUUGGUCGAAACAGUCGGGUUUCCCCGUGGUAAGAGUAUUCAUAACACCAGGUUGCGAUUGUAAGCUGAAUAAAAGUGGUAUUACCGUGAAACUUGUCCAGAAUAAGUUCGUUAAUACGCAAGGAAAAGGCAAGCCAGAAAAUGAAACCGUUUUAUGGAAAAUACCGAUUUCUCUGAUCACUUCCUCCAACCCCAAAGAUGAAAUACAUUUACUUAUGGAGAGCCGAGAAAUGAAAGUAUUCAUUCCUGACGUCGAAGCUAAUGGCUGGAUCAAGCUGAAUCCUGGAUCUGUUGGGUACUAUAGAGUCCAAUAUUCUCCGGAAUUAUUGAAAAAACUCGUUCCUGCCAUUCGAGAUCAGAAACUCAAUAUGAUAGACCGAAUUGGCAUCCUGAAUGAUUUGUUCCACAUGGUCAAAUAUGGAUAUACCAACACUGGCGAUCUCCUGAAAGUACUGCAAGCGUUUGAUAACGAAAGAGAGUUCUUAGUUUGGUCUAACAUUUGUCGAAUUUUGAACAAGUUAACAAUACUGAUCGGUCAUACUAGUUUCGAAGAUGAGUUCAAAAGAUUCCAAUCGAAACUUUUGGAAAAGGCUUCGAACUCCUUGGGUUGGACGAAAAAGCCUGAGGACAACAAGUUCGACCAUCUCGUGAGGAAAAUGGUACUUGGUCAGAUGUCGUGGCUGGAUGACGAAAAAAUGAUAAAUGAGGCUAGGCUGAAAGUCGAAGAGAAGUUACCCGACGAUCUGAAGGUUUUCUGCUAUCGAUCAAUGGUAAGAUCUGGCGGCGAGAAAGAAUUCGAAACACUGAUGAAGCUGUACAAGACUGUCGACACUUACGAGGAGAGGAAGAGCAUUUUGUACGCCCUAUGUGGAGCGAAAGAUGAAAAAUUGUUACGGAAAGUUCUCACGUUUUCCAUGUCAAGUGAAACAACUGCUGAAGAAACUGUUCUCAUAGUAAUGACGAUUACUUCAACGAAAACAGGAAGAGAUCUUUUAUGGGAUUUCUACCGCACACAUUGGCGUGAUAUAUUGAACAAGGUGAAAAAUAAAGAACAUCUGACGAAAAUGAUUCAAGAUAUAACAGAGAAAUACGCCACCGAGUCGAUGGCUAUGGAAAUAGAGACUUUCUUUAAUAAGCAACUACCUUGCAACGAAGUUACCUUCAGAACUGCCCUAGAGACUCUCAGGAAUAAUGCUGUAUGGUUAGACAGAGAUUCUGAAGCAAUUAAACAAUUUUUAUCGCCGUACCAAAAUUGAAGCCAUCAAUAAAAAUAAAGAAGACCCAAUUUUGAGUUUUGAAUAAUUAUGAUGAAGUAAAAUGUUCAAAUGAUGUUACAGUUAGGUACUUGAUGAAAGUCAAGAAACAAACAAAGAAACAUGAUUGCCAUUAGAAUCGAGUUCUUAGUACUGCACGUGUUUCGCUUUCACAGUUUGACACUAACUUCUUCAGAUAGGUGAAGGUUUC